GCACUUUGCGUAACAGGUCUGUGAUUGGCUACGUCUGCUGGCGCCGACCAAUCCGAGCGUCGCUGAGAGCUUCGCUUUCUCUCCACCGGCGACAUUCCGGCUGCCGCCGAUUCCCGUGUCAUGGGUUGUUGUGGUAUGCUGCCGUUUCCGAGCGUUUGUGGAUUUUCGACGAGCCACGGCUGAAUCCUGCGUGGUGGAUAAUCGUGGAUAAUGCGGUGAUACUGUGUCCCCACCCCAAGCCCGCGGUUCGUUCCUUGGUUUAGCCUCCUCGGAGGCCAUCGUUUUUUGUCUGCAUCAUGAAGAAGCAAAUCCUCCGAGUCAAGCAGCUCGCCGAUCAAACCUUGCUCAGGGCGGACAAGAGCGAGGUCCUGACGGAGGACCUUGUGGUGGCCGAGAAGCGGGUCGACUCCAUCAAGCAGACGUGUUCGAGCGCGCACAAGAGGAUCCUCUCCUGCCUCCACAAUGUCUCCCUCGAGGACGCCAGCACUGAGAAGCUACAGAAAAAGGUUCCGGAACUCGCCAUGUUUCACAGCUUGCAGGAGUGUCACAGGAACAUUGGGAACAGCACACUCCUUGGGUCGGUUUUGUGCGAGUGUGCCAACCUUCAGGGCAAGCUCGGUCAGGAGCUGCUCAACUACGAGCGGGAAACGGACAAGCAGAUCCUGCAGCCGACGAACCUCCUGCUCGAAACGGACUUGCCGAACAUCUCCAAGCUGCGGAGGCAGUUGUCGAAGCUCACGCUGGACAUGGACGCCGCCAAGAACAGGUACCACACGGCCCUAAAGCACGCCCAGCAGAGCGGCGGGAACACGACGACCAACAACUCUGGCGGCGGUGCGAGCUCCACCUCGGGCAGCUCCCCCUCCGGGGCCGGAACAGCGGUCACCUCCAAGACGGAGGGUCUCCGGGAAGAGGCCGAAGACGCGACCAGCAAGGUGGAGCAGUGUCGGGAUGCCCUAGCAGCGGAGAUGUUCAGUCUGAUAGGGCGGGAGCCCGAGUUUGCCCACCUUCUGGUGCAAUGGUACCAGCUGCAGGGGGACCACCACCGGAGGGCACUGGCCGAGAUCGACGCCACCCUGCCUGCGCUCUGGCGCCUCAUUGGCAAUUCUCCUCAGAAGCCCGUGUUCGGGUUUUCCCUGGAGGAACACUUGAGGGUGACGGGGCGGCGCAUAGCCUUGGUCGUGGAGAAGUGUGCCUGCUGCCUCCUCACCUACGGCAUGGACGAGGAGGGUCUGUUCAGGAUAACAGGCAGUGUCUCCAAGGUUAAGAAGCUCAAGAGUGCAUUCAAUGCAGGCAUUGUUGACUUGAGCGAAUUUGAAAGGGAUCCUCAUACAAUUGCAAGUAUCCUGAAGCAAUACCUUCGGGAGCUUCCGGAACCUCUCAUGACGUUUUCCCUUUAUGAAGACUGGAUGAAAGCAGCGAGCAUUCCCGACCUCAACACGAGGCUGCAGGCUCUGUGGCAGGUGGUGAACAACCUUCCGCAGCCGAACCACGACAACCUCAGGUACGUCGUCAAGUUCCUGGCGCGGCUGGCGACCAACCAGGAGCGCAACAAAAUGAGCUCCCAGAACAUUGCCAUAGUGAUUGCCCCCAACCUCGUGUGGGCACGGGAAGAGAACCAGUCCCAGCUGAUGGGAGUAAACAUGACUCUUGCCAACAUGCACAGCUCAAUCGUAGACACGCUGGUGAACUACGCCGACUGGUUCUUCCCCGGAGAGGAGGAAUUCACGAGCUCCUCGCCACCGUCCAACGUGCGGACGUUUGGCGACGCGCCGGCGUCCGGCGGACACUUGAACCACGAGGCAACCACCAACGGCGACGUCGACGACCACUCGUCAGGGCUGUGCACGAGCCCCACGAGCCAGAGUCCCCGUGUCACCCACCGCCCCGGCAAGAAGGCAGCGCCCCCUGCCCCGGCCCCCAGCCUAUGCACUCCGAGAGACCGAUCCUCGAUGGCUUUGCCGCCCUCGGCCGACUUCAAACUCCCCGGCGCUGCGCCCGCGGUCGGCGGGGGCACCCUGGGGAGGCCGCGACCCCAGGUCCGCCAAGGGUCCAAGCCAGAGGUCGCCGAGAAGCCACAGGCCCUCCAGAGAAGGUCUCUCGAAGGCGCGGCCGCGGAAGGGGCAGGCUACUCCACGCAGUCGCUUGAGCGGAGGCCAGGGCGGCCUCCCGUUCCGAGACCCGCCUGCGAGAGGCCAUCCGUGCCGCCGCCAGAGAGACCAAAGUCGCAGAACCUGGACGCGGGGCAGCGCGGAGUCCAGGAGACCGCAGCAGAUGCAGGAUUGCAAAAGAACGAAGCGGUGCCAAAGUCUGACCACCAGGCCGGCGGCGGAUCCGUUUCUGGAGGACGUCCGCUGUCCCUGGACCACGAAGAACUCCUGUCCUUUGCCGAUGAUUCGGACACCGACGAAAAGGAUGAAACAGGCGGUGGCGACGGAUCCAAGCCAGCGCGGCUCGUGAACGGCGUUAAGGAUGGCGACGGAGAGGCGGAGUCGCAGUUGGCGUCUUCGCCGCCGCUUCAGCGGUCGCAUCCGCGGAACCAAAGCGCGCGCGACGAGGCGCGGUGGGACUUCCUGACGGGCGGGGAGUUGAAGCCGGCUCCAGAGCGUCCUCCACGUUCUAGUCCGUCUGCCGAGUUGACGGCGGGGUCCAUGACUGCAUCCAUGACCUCCGUAGCGUCGUCAACGACAUCCUCGAUGGCAUCCUCGAUGACUUCGCUGACGGCGUCGUCCUUGACGUCUUCUGGGAGGGUGCUGUCCGAAGAAAACUCGCGCGAGGACCUGUCUCUGCGGCGGUCUCCCCCUCCCGACAUCAACACGAGCGGGCCGCCGCCGGACCUUAUCGCGUCGUCCGAAGUCUCCAAGACAACCAUCACGGUUGCGACCAAAGACGUAGAGACUUCGCCGCCACACAAGGUGUCCGGGCUCUCCAGUCCGGUCCAUGGGAGUGGGACGCCGGAGGAGACUCGCCUCUGAGGCGGACAUUCGUGCGACGGUGGACGUUGAAUUGCGAAAAUGUUAUGUUUACUUGUUUCCCAUUUUCUUCGUCACGUCCGACAAUGGCGCCAUCUGUUAGCAGUGGUUUGGUCGAGACCAAAGUGAUGGGCGAUCCAGGUCACGCAGGUGACUGGUUACGUUGUGCGAGAUCUGCGACAAGUCUUCCCGUCUGCAAACUCGAUUUAUUAUUUUUUUUUUUUUCAGAGAUGGCAAUUUCGUACUAUGGUAGAAGUGCGGUUUGAAAGAAAAAAGAAAUCUGUGUUUUGUUAAUGGCGUCCGUCUGGUACCGACAGCUACAAAUGCUGCUGGCUCUUGUGGCCCCAUUGAGGUCAUUUUUCUUGGCGUGCUUUUCGUGUGUUUGCUUCGAAUUUGAAGCGUGUUUGUUCCUACUUUUGACUUCUUUGUAACCACUAGAGAGAAAGUUAGUCUGUGCACGAGUUGCGUAGGCCUGCCUCGAGCGUUGUUUAGGAGGCGACUUCGCCUCUAUCGUACGAUGUGUGUGUGGUCUAGUUCAUCCCAUGCCCUCGAUACACAAUGCUCAACCUCGGUGCGAACACCCCUCCUGCCAGACAAAGUAUUGCUGUUUCGGCUUCGUUUCGUGGAGUUGCGGCCCCAGAUCGUUUUUAUCUGCGAGGAGCGGCGUGCGCGACAGUUUCGCGGUGCUUCUGUCGCUGUUACUUCUGCACGGUAGUUCUUGAGCCAGUACCACUCUCCGUCGAACCUGGAUCAGGGAAUCGCGAGCGAGCAAGUUGAAAGAGCGCGAACUUGAGAGGACAUGUUUGUAGGGUAGUAUGUUGAUGUGUGCGUGUCUCUACCAUAGACUCUGUGACAAGUCUGUUGGUUCUCUUUUUUUCUUGUACUGUUGCCGUUAUGAUAAAUAUUACUGGUGUUACGGAGGGCGACUUUGCUAUGGUAUGUUGUGCUUGACGCUGAAACCAGCCUACACAUAGUUGUAGUCAGGUCUCCCUUGAAUAUUUGAAGAAAUCGGGCAGAGUUUAUAAACACCAUCUCAACAUUGUUUUUUUUUUUUUUUUUCUUUUAAAAGGGAGGGAGGGGUUGUAAUUUGGGAACAUACUUUUGAGGGUGAUUGAUGGAAUGUGUGUCUCAUGCAUUGUAUCGUUUGCACACAGGCAACUUUUUAAAGAAAGGUCACAAUUUUUUUUUUUUUUUCAGUUUUGCGUAUUUUGAUUGGUUGCCAUCUUUCUGCUUUUUUUGUUUUUGGAAGGUAAGGGAGAGAAGGUGUGCUGCACGCAGCUGCUCGAUUUUGUGUGUAAAUUAUAUGCUCUUUUCAUGUUCCAAAGCAAUUGGGAGGUCGAUUUCGUGUUCCUGUCUCUUUUCUUCUUUUUUUUUUUUUUUUGUGAGUACUGGAAGUGAACAAAUAGCAAUAGCAGAAAGGCAAUAAUUCACUAAUUUCGUUUGUUUCACUACUGCUGGUUUUCUUCAUCUUGUAAUGUGAUGACACCAAGAGCUUAAGAAACAUAUUAACCUCCGUUUUGUACCAGAAAGUGGUGCGAUGAAAUUUCAGGAAUGUGUUUUCUAACGUUUUCAAACGAACCGUUUUUCGUAUUCCUCCCGUGUACGUGCGUUGCUCCUGUUGCGAGGGAGAACUUGGAAGAUUUAAGUCAAAAUCUGUUCUGAGAGAUCCAACGAUGGCAACAAAACAAAUGCUAGUCAAAAGUUUCACUUUCUUAUUUUCUUUGAGGCGGGAGGGAAAGGCAGCGACGUGACUGUUAGGCAUAAUACGACGAUGACGUCGCAGCUUCCGGUCGUUGAUUGGCCCGGGAAGAGAGCUGUGGAAUCAUUUUGUAAUGCACGUGCGGGCAUGGAAGUGACAAUGUCUUUGUUAAUAUUAAAACAUUAUUUGAAAGUUGU